CUGCAUUUCUUCGUUUUUAGUACAGCCUUAAGAGAAAACAAAAAAAUAAAAUUGUAUGUUCUAUCUUUUAGGUUAUAGGCAUCCAUCCCCCACCACAGUUGCAAGAACAGUCCGCAUACUUCACACACUUCUGGCGCUCAUCAGCAAGCAUCUGAAAUGUGACAAGUUUGAAGUAAACACCCAAAGUGUUGCCUAUUUGGCUGCUCUUCUGACAGUCUCUGAGGAAGUCCGAAGCCGCUGCAGCCUUAAGCACAGGAAGUCAUUGCUGCUCUCUGGCCUCUCCAUGGACACUGUCCCAAUGGAAACCUAUUCAAGCCACUUGGCUGAACCCAGCUGCAGAACCUUGCGGGAAAAUCAGCCGUGGACUUCACCAAAGGUAUCGGAGCGCUACCUUACCGCACACCACUAUCCCACCGUCGGCCAAAUCAGCCCCCGCACACGGAAGUCCAUGAGCCUGGAUAUGGGCCAACCUUCACAGGCCAACACCAAGAAACUCCUUGGUACGAGAAAGAGCUUUGAUCAUCUAAUAUCGGAUUCUAAAGCGCCAAAGAGGCCUGAAAUGGAGUCCGGCAUGACUACCCCACCAAAGAUGAGGCGCGUGGCGGAAACCGACUACGAGAUAGAGACCCAAAGAAUGGGCAACUCUCACCUCCGCAAGGUCUCUGUGUCAGAGUCUAACGUUCUUUUGGAUGAGGAGGUGUUGACUGAUCCAAAAAUUCAGGCUCUGCUUCUCACUGUGUUGGCCACCCAAGUCAAAUACAGUACUGAUGACUUUGACCAACGUAUAUUAUACGAAUACCUAGCCGAGGCAAGCGUUGUCUUCCCAAAGGUCUUUCCUGUGGUCCACAACCUUCUGGACUCAAAGAUCAACACGUUGCUGUCCAUGUGCCAGGACACCAACCUUUUGAACCCGGUGCACGGCAUUGUCCAGAAUGUAGUCUACCACGAAGAGUCGCCGCCACAGUACCAGCCCUCUUAUCUACAAAGCUUUGGCUUUAAUGGACUCUGGAGGUUUGCCGGCCCCUUCUCUAAGCAAACCCAGAUACCGGACUAUGCAGAGCUGAUUGUCAAGUUUCUGGAGGCCUUGGUUGAAAGCUACCUGCCCACAGCCGAAGAGGAGCGCAGCGAAGAACAGUUGCGCACGCCGACCUCCCCUUACCCACCCUCCAGUCAGUGUCAGCUCAGCAUCACAGCAAACCUCAACCUGUCCAACUCCAUGACCUCCCUGGCUACAUCGCAACACUCACCAGGUGUGGACAAGGAGAAUGUGCAGUUGUCUCCGAGCUCGGCCCUUUCAGCUGGAGGACGAAUGCGCCAUGGCUCAGCCUCCCAGGUGCAGAAGCAGCGCAGUGCUGGCAGCUUCAAGAGGUCGAGCAUCAAGAAGAUUGUAUGAGUGAGCGCGACAUAGACAAAACAAGGCCCUCUGAGCUGGGGCCCUCUAAGCCAGACAUCAUGCUGCACUUCUUAUCGUUUUACUGUUUGUUUUUUUGGGGGGGUUGGGA